CGACACCUCACCUCAAACACCAUAUUUAAUUGAAGCUGAACAUAUCGAUUUCUAGAAUCAAUGACAAGCACUGUUGGAGUAGCGGCUCAACUGCCUCUAGCUUCUGGCACAGCACCCAACUGUUACCACUACUACAAUCACUUCAGCCCUGCAAUCAUCGAUCAGUCACAAGCCAAGGAGGCGAUACCCGGGCUGUUGCAAAACGACUGCGUAUCUAUCGCCGAUAAAUCCAGCGUGGACAUUGGAGAGCUUCUAAGGUGGAAUCCAAGCUUGAGCAUCAGUGACUGUAUAUUUGAGCCAGGCUUCAGCUACUGUGUGGUUAAGACCGAAUAUCCAAACGAAUGGGACCUGUCAUCAUCUGAGGUAGUGUCCAAUGAUCCAUCGAUUUGCACUUUCGACCCAGAGAGAGGUGAAUAUGUUUGUCCGGACCCACCGACCUGUACGUUCGAUCCACACAAGGGGGAGUACGUCUGCCCAGAAACUACACUUACCGAUGAGAAUGAGGAGGAAAAAUCUGAAGAGGGCUCAGAGUUGAGAUGAGAAACAAAGAGGUGUCAGAGAGGCGGUAGAAAUUGUCUUGCGCUACCAAUGCUAUUUAAGAACUUCCUACUGCACAUCUACAUAGAUUAG